AAAUAUUUUUUAGUUCCCUUUCUCUAGUAUGUCAGGGCCAAUGCACAAGAAAUCUGGUAACAAUACUUGCAAGAAUAGAGGAGUUGUUUCACCAAUGGUGCAGGCCAGGGUAGACCUGUUAGGUUGUUCAGCUGUGGAUGAACAUUAUACAGAGGGAGGUUUGUGCUGAACUUGAAGCCAAGUGCUGUAAGUUCAUACGAUCGAAUGGAGAAGGAGGCACCAAAUUUACCUGUAGAGGUGAUCUCCUACAUCCUGCACUUCCUAUCCAUGUCUGACAGGAAAGAGGCUUCAUUGGUGAACAGAGCCUGGCAUGCUGCAUCUCUGGACCAAAGUCUCCAGAAAAAUGUCUUCUAUCAUCUCCAAGGAACGUAUGAUUCUCUUGAGUUCAUCAGAAGCUUAGGGCGGAGACAGACUUCCUGUGUGGCUCUGAGUAACCUCGAUGGAUCAGCUGCUUCAAAGAUGGUCAUACAGAGUAUUGCGUUCCACCUGGCCCCGCAUCUGAAGAACCUCUUGCUGCGGGAUAACAGCAUCACUGAGAGGUCCUUCGUGGCUCUAGUCCCGUCCUGUCGCAACCUAUGGGGGCUUGACACCAGCAGCUGCAACAGCCUUUUUGUGCCUGGCACCUUGCUGUCAACAGAAGAGAUCAGAGCAAGAACAGCCGAAGCCCUGGUGGACCUCCGUGAGCUCAAUCUCUCCAACCUCCGGUACCUUUCUGACUUGACCUUCAAUCGACUUAGUGAAUGCACCCCCAAACUCCAAAAGCUGGCUCUUGCUGCCUGUCCCAUUGCCUUUGAGUUUGAUCCCUACCGAGGAGCAAACACGAGCAAUUCCACUGUUUCUCUGACGCUGAACAACAUCCUCUGUUUUCUGGAUAGACAGGCUGUCACACUGAAGUGUUUAAAUUUCAGCCGUACCAGCAUCACAAAUGAAGCAGUACAGUCAGUUGUCAAAGUGGCUGGGCUAAACCUGGAGGGGCUGGUGCUUCAACAUUGCAAGGACUUGUCAGAUGAUGCAGUCUGUGCCAUCUGCACGUGCCAGCCGGGGCUCACCACCCUGGACCUCACCGGCUGCGCUGAGCUAACUGACAGAUCUGUCACAGCUAUGGAUAGCUGUGUUUUCUCAAUGGGAGCGAUCCUGCAUGAGAGCCUGAGGGAGCUGGACCUCACCUCCUGUGUGUACAUCACUGACUUCAGCAUCUACGUCAUCACCAAUUACCUCAAGGGCCUGACAGCAUUGCGCCUCGGCUGGUGUAAGGGGAUCACGGACUCGGGAUUGCUUGGAAUGAACAUAGCCAACGACAACUGCCAACUGGCCAUGAAGCAUGAAAAACCCCAGAUCAUAACCGAAUCUGACAUGGAGCCAUCCAAAGAGAAAGAAGGAGCUUCGCUUAGAGCACUGACAUGUCUUAAGGAGCUCCGUUUGACUGCAUGUACAAAACUAACAGAUACCAGCAUAACCAGGGAAAUCCGCUUUCAGGAGCUAAAGACCUUGUCACUGAGCAUGGUCCACGAGAUAACAGAUGAGAGUGUUGUCUCCAUUGCAGUGCACUGCCGUAGCCUGGAGGGACUGGCCCUCAACCACUGUGGUCAACUGACUGACCAAGGGAUGAUUGCUGCCACAAGCCACAUGAAGAGGCUGACAAAUCUCGAAAUCUCCUGCUGUGAUAAGAUCACCAACCAGGCGCUGGAAGUCCUCAUGCAGGAGUGCAAGUGGCUGAGGAGUCUGGAUGUCACCAUGUGCAAUGGGCUGACGAUUGCUGACAUCGAACGACUCCAGUUGUUUCAUCCCAGACUAACCAGCAUUAAGGCUAAGUACUUGGGGGAGCGGACCUAUGUAUCGGACUCCUUGAAUGAAACUGGAUGACAAGGUAGAUGUGGACCCUGAAGGACAUAGCUGAGAAUCGCCUAGCAGCUGAAACCAGGCUCUGAAACGUUGACUUAGUUCUGUGGCUCGUGCGUUUACAUCUAAUAUCU